UUCCACCAGUAAGAGGAGCCCCCCAAAGCCAAAACAGCCAGACAGGGGACGGACUUGUUCUGUAUUCGUUUACUAAGUACACUUGAUUAGGAUUGCCAGGGGCUGUUGCUGCUGUGGGCGAACUCGCCAGGUGGCCUUAUCUGGGUGCCAGCGGGAUGGUUUUCCUUUCUUCUUCCAAUUGACGGGUCGCGUGUCUCUGUUCUAUUUGCUGUGGAAUAGAUCUCGGUGGUGUUUUUAAUUUAUUUCCUUUUUUAUUUUUAUUUUCGGAUCGCCCAUCCCUUGCUGUCGAACUUUAGCUGCAGUGCGCCCAGUUUUUUUUCGGGGUAGAGAAGCACGAAGGGGUGCAUUGGUGGCAUGCAAGAGUAGCCCCUCCGAACAUCCCAUCACGAAACAACCUUGCCGACAGGGCGACAGCCGCCGCGCGAGUGACGAAUACGGCACGAUAGACGGUCAAUUGACGUCCGAAAUCGAAUCUAUAUACCCCUCCGAGUGUCUGCAGCGAGCGACGAGACGACUUCUCUUCUCCCCCCGCAACAGACCGUCACGAUGGAUCCCACGACUACGGGCGUUCUCUGCUUUCUAGCAUUGAUGCCGGUGCUGUACAUGUACACUGUUGGUGUUGUUGCUACGCGCUUCCCGGCUCUUCGCAACAAGAGAAUAUGCCUGUUGAUUGCCCACCCGGACGACGAGGCCAUGUUCUUUGCCCCUACCAUGUUGGCUCUCACGCGACCUGAGACUGGUAACCACGUCAAGAUUCUCUGUCUUAGCACUGGAAAUGCAGCUGGUUUGGGCGAGACGCGGCGCAAGGAGCUCAUCAAGAGCGGCAUGACGCUCGGGCUGCGCGACGAAGAGGACGUCUUUGUUUUGGAUAGGCCCAACGACUUCCCCGAUUCCAUGACCGAAACGUGGGAAGAGGCUAAAAUCUCCAAGCUCCUCACGGAGGCCUUUGCCCCUCAGCUAGAACGCCAACGCGCCAGCGACAGCGCGAAGCCUACCGCCAACAUUGACGUUAUCAUUACCUUUGACGAAACCGGCGUCUCCUCUCACCCGAACCACAUCUCUCUCUACCACGGCGCACGCGCCUUUGUCGGCUCGCUCGUCAAGGGCAAGCCCGGCUGGACCAACCCCGUCGACCUCUACACCCUGUCUAGCGUCAACAUGCUGCGCAAAUACACCUUCUUCUAUGACAUGUUUGCCACGCUGGCCACGUUUGCCAUGAGCGUGGGCAAGGCGAACAAGGACCACCCCCCGACACUUGUCUUUAUGAACCAGCUGGCGGGCGAGGGUGCCUUGGGUACGGCAUGGAGCGCCAUGACGACGGCACACAAAAGCCAGAUGGUCUGGUUCCGGUACCUGUGGAUUGGCUUCAGCCGAUACAUGCUCAUGAACGAUCUGAAGCGCGAAAAGGUCUAGAGAUGGGGGUAGUGAGGGUAGCUGCGGCAGCAGCUCGUGUAUAAGAUGUACAAAUAAGAGGGGAGCGUGUACGUUAUGAUAAUAAAGAAUAAAGACUAAAGAAUAAUAGGAUAGAGCGCUUGCUCUCCUUUUAUAAUCAAAUGGGAGUGGAAGCCAUAAUAACCUCUGACGAUCAGCACUGACAACAAAAAUCUUGUGUACACGUUAAAUAAAAUGUGCUGUGUUCUUUAGAGCACUAAGAAUGUCAGCCAGAAUAAAUACAUAUUUUUCCUACUACUAAAUCGGGCUCUUCUACAUAAGACUCAAGCUAGCAGUGGAAGACCUGUCGUUAAGAGCCCUGCUGAUAAGAGCUAUGAUAAGAUACCGUUAGUCAUCCAGCAAGCAGCACUAGCUUGUAGCACCACUGACGACACGCACCGUGAUUUACACCACCCGUUUUGGCAAGUGAUCGGGUUAAUCGUGUUGCCUCAAAUCGCUUCCUGUGUCAGUAAUGCCCGUCUGAUUUGGGUCCUAUCUUAUUCUCCUGCUUCAUCUCCAUAUUCCACCCUACCAGACAUCUCAACCCAUCCUUCUCACAGUGUACUGUUGUCUUCUUUCUACAAACACCAGCAUAUUCUCAGCAUCUCGGCCAGUUUCCAGCUCGGCCGGACAUGGCAAACUACCUAUUCACAGCCCUUGUCCCCAAAGCCCAACGCCCCAAUGAAAAAUUUCCAUGCCAAAUAACACCUUUGACCAGUACGUAUCUUUUUUUCUUUGCCCAUGUAAAAUCCUCUAACACGCGGCCGUCUUUAGUGGAGUCCGUAAAGCCGCCUGUGAAUUUUUCACGGGCUCCACCAAACGGAGGCAGCCCACAAUAACGUGGAUGGCCAGAGUCUUGAAGCUUCUCCGAUGCAACGCACUCCUUUUUGACGUGUCGGAAUCGGCAGUCGACGGCAGUCGUACAGUAGCUUAACCGCCUGUCCAACAUCAGACCAGGACCAAUGCCUGCAUGUCAACACCGCUCAGGAGAUGUUUCACCCGGGAGGCAUGUAAGUUGGGUUGCAAUGCAGCCAGCUAGCGAUGGGAUAUCCGGUAGAGCGCAAAGGCUUGCUUACACGUGAAAUGCAUGUAAACAAGCCGCCGAUUCCAAUACAAUGCGACUGUACAUUCUAUUGUCAUCCAUCGGAUGGGACAUGGAUGGGCAAGUAUUACUGUCUCUUACGGUGUAGAACGAUGGAAGUUCGGAACAUGUCGCUUCACUCGGAUGACAUGACAGAGCACGCGGCUGGGCGCCAACCACAGCGGUUCGCAAGUAACGGUCAAGAACCGAACAACAAACGAAUAAUUCCAUACUGACUGACAAAGCCAUGCUUGCAAGGCUGGACUGAGCAGCCACCACCAUCGUGCAUCAUCAGCCGUCGCUUCCCGCCCAUCCAAGCUCGUCAGUCAGUCAUAUGGAUGAAGUCACGCACGCACGCCACAAUGACGAGAAGCAUCGCGAGCCGUCUGGACUGACAGGUACGGUACACACACACACACCCGGCGAAUCAUCGUGGAUACACUGCAACGCGACCAUGCGAGUCCCUUGUCGUGACGCCUUCAUUGGGCGUCGAUAAACCCGUCGUCUUCCGCAAUGAAUCACCGGUCAUAUCCAUAUACACCUUUGCGUCAGUUUCAUCUAAUAAUCCCAGUCACUUUCACAAUGGAUGUACAGAGUACGUACAACAGUACGUACCUCUUGUGUUUGUAAUUAACACGAGAACAGCAUUCAUCCACGCCAUAUGACUCCCAAAAACUUUCACCCAUUCCACAUUAAUCAUCCCGCCCGUCAUUAAUAAUUAAAGAAAAAUGGAAUUUCUUCGGCCCUUGUCUCUUUCC